UGAGUUAAUUAACUCCUUUCAAUUUGGGACGUUGGUCAUAACACAUAACAUAAAGUUGUACCUGAUCUGCAGAUCUUCCAAACAAUUUUAUCAGUUAGCUUGUCUGGUUGUCUUGCAAAUUUUUGGUACAUGGGCACCAUUUCGAACAGGCUUAUCAUCAUUUGCUCAAUGUGUCAGAUUUUAGCAGUCCACUUGUCGCCAUGCAUCUGCUCUGCAGCAAAUGUUUCCGCUAUUUUUGUUUUUGGAGAUUCUCUGGUUGAGGCAGGAAACAACUACUACAUUAACACCAUUGCAAAGCCAGGGUACCCAAAUGGUAUUGACUUUGCGAAAGGGAGUCCAUCCGGACGAUAUACCAAUGCUCGAACAGUUGCUGACAUUAUAGAAGAGGAAUUGGGUUUUGAAAGUUACUCUCCUCCUUACCUGGCUCCUAGUACAACUGGAGAUGUGAUUUUAAAAGGUGUCAACUAUGCCUCUUCUGGAGCAGGAAUUUUGACUAAUACCGGCUCAAUUUUUGGUGAGCGUAUUUGCAUGGAUGAACAAGUCAGUUACUUUGCAAAAACUAGGCAAGACAUCAUCUCAAGACUUGGCGCAACAGCGGGUCAAAUACUGCUCAGAGAGGCACUCUACCUUCUCGCAAUUGGCGCCAACGAUAUCUUAUUCCGGCAGGGUAUUACUCAAUAUGUGGAUGAUGUGCUUUCCAAAUUCAAAUCCCAACUCAUAGCUCUUUAUAAUUUGGAUGCUAGGAAGAUUAUAGUGACAGGUUGCGCUCCCGUGGGGUGCAUCCCUUUUGAGAGAGAUGUGCGUUCAUCUCCCGACAGUUGUGUUUCCUCCGUGAAUGCCCUGGCCAAGUUAUAUAACUCUAGAUUGAAGCGCCUGCUCCAAGAGCUUACAACCAAUCUUCCAGGAUCAACAUUUGUUUUUGUCGAUAAUUUUGCAAUAUUCGAGGAUAUCAUGGACAACUAUAGAUCAUAUGGAUUUGAGAAUGUAGACUCUGCUUGUUGUCGAGUAAUUGGGCGGCGUGGUGGUCUGGUCGCAUGCGGACCUUUAUCUCGAGUGUGUCCAGACAGAACAAAGUUUGUCUUCUGGGAUCCAUUCCAUCCAACAGAAUCUGCUAAUCUGAUUGGAGCAAAGCAUGCAUUGGAUGGUGACCGUCAAUAUGUUUCACCCAUGAACAUCCGACAGCUUGCUAAUGCUUGAUCAGUAACCUAUUCAAAUAAUCUGAAUAAACUGUUUCUUUUUUUGGAAAGACGAAUUUAUUAACCUCAUAACCGGCAUAUGUCAUCGUGAGUCUCAUACAAUCUCUAUAAAAUAUUAAAGCAAUGAAAAAUUGAUGACAUCCAAGAAUAACUGAUAAGGAAUCUUUUCGUAAAACAAUAUGUACUA